AUGAGCGCGCAGGCAAAUAAAACAGUGAUAGUGAAGCCGAUCAUUUUCGGCAACACUUCUCAGGCGUUUCCCAAAGCAAGAGAGGAAGAUGGGCAUACUCAUGCAUGGACGGUCUAUUUGAAGUCGUAUGACAAUGAGGACAUGUCGGUCUUUAUUAAGAAAGUCCAGUUCAAGCUCCACAAUUCCUACGCAGUUCCAAUCAGAACAAUUACCAAACCCCCCUACGAAGUACGCGAAACAGGCUGGGGCGAGUUCGACGUCGAAAUCAAAAUCUUCUUUGCCGACAACGUCGAACGCCAAAUCCAGCUUUUCCAUCCGCUAAAUUUCCAACAAGCUUCUGAGUGGUACGAUGAGCUUGUGUUCGUCAAUCCGAGCCCAGUACUCGCAGGUUGUCUCAAUAACCCGAGAAAAUUCAAACAGAAAUUUCACAACGCGCAUAACCACGAUUUCGCAGAGCGAGAAAGAGAAGCACUCGAAAAAAUCGGCGCUGCGCAAAAUAGCAUUGAUAAGAUGAUGGCAGAAACAGAGGCUGAUAUUGAAAAGAAGCGGGAGCAGAUUAGGAUCCUGAAACAAGCGCUGAAGAAAUCUCAGGAAAUCAUGUGA